CUGAUGUGGUCUUCUGCUGUUGGAGCACGUCCACAUCAAGGUUUAACAUGUUGUGCAUUCUGAUAUGCUUUUCUGCUCACCAUGAUUGUAAAGAGUGGUUAUUUGUGUUACUAUAGACUUCCUGUCUGCUCGACCCAGUCUGACCAUUCUUGGUGGCUCUUGCUUCUGUCAGUGAUAAGGCAUUUCCGCCACAGAACUGCGGCUCACUGGAUUUUUUUUGUUUUUCACACCAUUCUUGUAAACUCUCAAGACUGUUGCGUGUGAAAAUCCCAGGAGAUCAGCAGUUUUUUCUUUAAAUAUUCAAACCAGCCCAUAUGGCAACAGCAACCCAUGCCACGGUCAGCAUCACUGAGAUCACAUUCUGUUUGAAGUGAACAUUAACUGAAGCUCUUCAUCUGUAUCUGCAUGAUUGUAUGCAUUGCACUGCUGCCACAUGAUUGGCUGACUGGAUCAUUGCAUGAAUGAGGUCUUAUAUUGCAUAAUGUCUUAUUGGCUAACUAAUCAUUCAACCAAAACAUAUGAGUGAUUUGUCAUGUACAAGAACAAAGACUUCUUAUUUAUUACUCUAGCACUUAGAUCAACCUAAAGCACAGCCUGUGAGCUGCAGCUUUGAGCAUGACCCAGUCCAGAGCAGUCAUCUUUCACCCUUCGGUCUCUCUCUGUCUUUCUUUCUUUGUGCGCCAGGUCGUAUGGUUCUCAUGCUAUCAGAUUUCAUCCUGUUUAUAGAGAAGAUGGCUGGUGGGGGGUUGGAAAGGGUGGCCUGCUAUUCUCCAGUGUUUAUUAGCUCAGUGUUAUCUAAAUGUUUGAUUUGCCACGAAUGAGUGAUCACAUAAAAGGCUCCCAAGAUACCAAAUAGUUCUCACCAUUAGUUUAUCUUGUCAUAUCAUGGUGGUUUGUGAAGAUGCCUUAUUUUAAGUCUUUACAAUACACUGAGGUUAUUUUGUUACUUUGUCUGUACAAUCAUUUGUCUUGAAAUGGUUUCGUACUGAAAUGAUACUACAACAAAAGAGGUUUUCUGAUAGAUUUGCAAAUCCAACUAAAUGUGUCUGCAAAUGAUUUGCGUCAGUAGGAUUGUGAACGGUGGAAUAUUAAAAAAAAAUCUAGAGAAUAUUUCUAGAAAAUAUAUAGUGUAUUUGAUUGAGCAGGCAGUGUAUGCAUUAGUCAGCCUUGUGGGAUUUCAAAGUGGGCUAUUGUGGAGCGCAGCAGUGUCCUUGAAGCAGUUCCCGCAGUCUGCCCGCUGCUUUGUCUGGCCUGCUACAGCCCAGGAGAGCCACAAUGGAGGCAAGCAAGGCCACAUGGAGUGCAGUUGCGUGUUCACCCAUCCACCCACAAUGAGGUGAGCGAGUGCUCACAAAGCUAUGCUACAUUUUGGUCCUGCACUUUUGUAAACAUUAAGAACCCCGCAGCAGGUAUCUAGGUUUGAGCAAUAUUCCAUGCUGUGCAGCAGCGUAGAAUAUUGCUCAAUAUGUUUCUGAGCGGAUGUUUAUGUAUAUGCUUUCUUACCUUACAUUCAUACUAGCAAGCAACAAAGCACAGCCAACCAUAAAUUUUGUGCACAUUUAACACGGAUCUGCAAUUUCAUCAACAGCAACAAUUUCAUGUGAAAAGUGAUAUUUAAGUUGAUGUUUUUCUUAAUUUUAUGCAAAUUAGAUGUGAUGUGGUACAGUGACAAGUCCAAAUGAUCCCUCAGACCAGUCCUAUCAAACACGUGGUCCGACAUUUCACAAAUUUAGUUCCUACCUGCAGUUAGUUCCCAUUUCCUUUUUGUUUCCAUGUGCAAAACUGGAAUAAAAACUUAUAACCAUGGUUUAUCUUGUCUUCUCGUUUAAUGUCUAUAGAGACAUUACAAAGAAAAAUAUCGUUUUGAAUGAAGUAGCAGACUUUGGUGACUCUGGUGAGUGGAUAAUACAGUUAGCUUGCUUUGCUAAUCUGCUAGCGAAGCUAUUACGAAACCUUGCAUGUAGCGUGUAAAUCAAACUUGAAUACAUUUUAAACAAAAGUAGGUGGUAGACUAUACAUUUUGGUCACUACCGUUUCUUAUCUGACCUAAACAAGCAGUAGCCGUCACUAUAAACCCACAAGAAACAAACUAAAAGCAACACAAGCAACUUGUCCCUCGCUAGUGUGAAUAUAGGGUUAAACCAGCCAUUUCUCUGACUUCUGCAUUCAGUGCCAGCGCUCUGGUGGUUCUGUCCCUUUGUGCUCUGGUGAUGAUGGAGGAAGCAGGAGUGGAGUGGGCUACAAUGUUUGAGGAAGCCAGGGUCAAGAAUCUAUGGGCCGUGCUAUAUGGCAGAAGAAGGUAUGGGUUACUCCGUUUGGUGGAGCAGGAUUAAAGAAGGUGUAGGUGAUGCUUUUUGAAGAGCAUGAGUGGAGGAGGUGUAGGUAAACCUGUUAGGGGAAGCAAUAGUGAAGAAGGUAUGGGUCAUCCACAUUGCGAAUGCUAUCUAUAAGUGGCAUCAUAGCGCUAUUAAUGAGAAGUUUACAAAACUAUGGGGUAGAAUAAGCUCACCAUGUAGCUGCUCCUGUUACACAGGGACAGAUAUGCACCAUGUAGCUGUACAAAGUGCAGAGUGGUUUUUGUCACUUUUAAUUCCCCACCCAUUUGUGUGUAUGUGGACAUGUUUUUAUAUCUUGGUUAGGACCAAAUGUCCUCACAAGGAUGGACAUUAUUUGACAGUUUUGACCUUGUGGAGACAUUUAGCUGGUUCCCACAAGUAAAACGUAUAUUUUUUUAAAAACUGCAGUUUUUAUUUAGGAUUAUUAGGUGUAUGCAUAGCAUUAAUUAGUUACAUUAAUAAUUAUGUUAAUGGAAGAUUUUCACAAGGAUAGUAAGACAAACACACAUGCAUGUGUUUAUGAGUUGGCUGAAAUCAGGGACCUCCCUCAUACUCAUUUAUAGUUACACCCUCAGACUUGGCUUAGAGAGAGCCAGAGAGAGAGAGGAACCAAGCGAGUGUGUGUGUGUGUGGAGAGAGAGAGAGAGAGAGAGAGAGAGUGAGAGAGAGAGAGAGAGAGAGAGAUGAAGAAAGUGUGACAGCUCUGAGGUGCUGUUAGGUUGGGGUUGCUUCAGCUCUCACUCCUUCCCUCACAGUAUUCAGCUGGGAGAGGCAGAGCACACACGCAUUACUCAAGAAUGUACAUCUCACACACACACACACUUUUUCUCACCCACACAGAAAUGCAAUAAAGUCUCACACAACCUUUCUUAUAAUAAAGCAAUGAAGUGCUCAGGCACUCUCCCUCAUGUCAUAAUGUGCUGUUUCCCAGGGCAGCACAUUAUAACAUGCAUAAAGUUAAUCUGCAGCCAUUCAUCUCCCAGCAUGCCUCAGUGUGUGGUCAUUACUGUGGGCAUUAAAGCCUUCAGGCAUUCUGUGUACUGCUGGGCCACUGUUAGGUGCAUGCCGGUUUGUCUGCUCACACAACUAAUGAGCCAUUCUGCUUCUAUCAGAGCCACACGUAUGAUGCAUAGAGGGGGAGCCACCCUCAUUUCCCAUCAUGCCUAAUGUUAUGGAUUUGAUAACUGAGUAGCAUGUAUGAUGAUAGUAGAAGUGUGUGGGUGUUGUGUGCUUACUAUUGUAUGAUAGUGAUAGGGUUUAAAGGGAUCCAGUGUGGGCAAUGAUUUAUAUAUGUGUAUGUUAUCUCCAUGGAUGUACAAUGCAUGUACAAUCUAAGGCUGUCAAAUUACAAAUAUUUAUUUAAAUGCUUUUAAUCUCAAUGAGUCUGUACUUUCAUACCAUAGAAGGGAACAAGGGUGUGUUUUUGAAUCCAUGUAUGGAGUUGAGAGCAUCUCACAGUGGCCCUGUUAUGCCCUUUAUACUAUAGAUAUGAACAUGGGCGUGUCUUUGAAUCCAUAUAUGGAAUUGAGAGCAGCUCUGAGUGGGUGUAUCAUGUCCUUUAUAAUAUAGAUAGGAACAUGGGCGUGUCUUUGAGUCCUUUUAUGGAAUUGAGAGCACCUCUGAGUGACCGUUCCUUACAUAUUAUAGACAGGAACAUGGGCAUGUCUUUGAACCUAUAUAUGAAACUCUUCCAACACCAGACUCCUAUGUAUUUGAAUGGGGCGACAGAUACAGUCGGAUCCAUAUGUAUUUGUACAGUGACACAAUUUUCGUAAUUUUGUCUGUGUACGCCACCACAAUGGAUUUGAAAUGAAGGAAUUAAGAUGUGAUUGAAGUGUAGACUUACAGCUUAAAUUCAAGGGGUUUAACAAAAAUAUUGCAUUAACCAUUUAGGAAUUACACCCAUUUUUUACAUAGUAUCUUCAUUUUCACAGGCUCAAAAAUAAUUAGACAAACUAACAAUAUAAGGAUUAUUUUUAACACUUGGAUGCAAAUCCUUUGCAGUCAGUGACUGUCUGAAGUCCAUGAACAUCACCUAAUGAUGAGUUUCCUCCCUUGAGAUGCUUUGCCAGGCCUUUACUGCAGCUGCCUUCAGUUUGUGCUGCUUGUUUGUGGGUCUUUCUGUCUUCAGUUUUUGUUUUCAGUAAGUGAAAAACAUGCUGGGUUGCGGUCAGGUGACUGAACUGGCCAUUGCAGUGUAUAUGCAGCGUGGAGUGAUUACACACUAAAUAAACAUCAGUGAAACAUAAUUGCGCAUAAUUACACAUAAUUCCACUAUGACUUUUCAUGCAUGCAUUUCCGUGAAGUCAUGCACAUUUAAUUGACUUUUAUCCAAGGUUUUUAUUUGCACUCAUUUACUGGAGGGUUUAUACUGUAUGCUUACAUCAGAUGGUACAGUAAAAAAAGAUUUGGCUGACAGAAGUGGAACCCAAUGUGGUCUGCUGUCAGAGCCUAUACGCCUCAAGUUUUAGCAUGUUGUGCGUUCUGAGAUGCUUUUCUGCACACCAUGGGUGUAAAGAGUGGUUAUUUGAGUUACCGUAGCCUUUCUGUCGGCUCGAAUCAGUCUGGCCAUUCUCCUCUGACCUCUUUCAACAACAAGGUGUUUUCCUUGUUGCUUACUGGAUGUUUUUUUGCUUUUUGCACCAUUAUGUGUUAACUAUAGAGACUGUUGUCCGUGAGAAUCCCAGGAGAUCAGCAGUUUCUGAAAUACUCAAACCAGCCCACCUGGCACCAACAACCAUGCCACGGUCAAAGUCACUCAGAUCACAUUUUUUUGCCUAUUAUGAUGUUUGACUUGAACAUUAACUGAAUAUCUUGAUCUGUAUCUGCAUGAUUUUAUGCAUUGCACUGCUGAUAUAUGAAUGGAUGAUUGCAUGAAUGAGCACUGGUGAGUCCAAAUUAAAAAUAUGUGGAGAAAAAUAUACUAUAUCUGAUGUAGUGUUUAUUCCCAAAGCAACACAAGGGUGAUUUAACCAAAAAGUGAAAUUCUAAUGUUCUAGCAGUAAAUUUUUUUCUGACAGUCAUAGUGGAGUUUGUAUGUAAUUGGACAGUGAUGAAUUCUUAUUGUUCUAACUUUGUAUUUGAAAGGAAAUUAUGAUUGAGUGUAGGUCCACUAUCUAAGCUUUAAUUUCUGUAGACUCUGUAAAAAUCACCACCUGUUUUAAUGCACAGUUCCGCAGUAUAUUAUAUAAGGGCAUGGGUUUGGAAGGAAUAGGAAGUGGAGAAGGAGAUAUGGAGAGAGAGAAGAGAAGUUAAGCAGAAAAAAAGUGAGUGUGAGGGGAAAAACAUACAGCUAAAGUGUUGUAGGCAGCACUUCUGAAGAGUGUGUGUGUGUGUGUGUGUGUGUGUGUGUGUGUGUGUGUGGGAAGCCUGAAGAGCUUCAGCAGGUGGUCUGGGAGAUUGGAGCUGUGUACUGAGGGAGUCAGAGCUACUCUGAGAUCUUGUAUGGGUGGAAAGAUUCCAGCUUUUCUGACAAACAAAAUCUACUUCUAAUAGUUAGGGCUCAAGAUUGUUGUCUUGUUAAAUUGUUACCCACAAUUCUUGGGAGAGUGAUUUAAAGGAUUGUGUCUGAUUAUUGUGCUGUUGGUGGUUGAGAGAAAGAGAUUGUAAUCCUCAUUGAUUUCUGAUGUUCCUGUCAUUCUUUUAGCCUUGUUACUUUCAACACUCAGCUUUCAUUUUUCUUGCUUCGUUUGUCCUCUUCUUUCAUCUCCCUUCAUCUCUCUUUUCAAUCCAAACACAUGGAAACUAAAUAAAUUAUCCUAAAGGUCCAGAAAAAGCGACCAUGGCUAAUUGGCUGCCAUGGCAACAGACGAGCUUUCCCUUGCUGCUUGUUUUUGUCGUUUUGUCGCACUUGUGUAAACGGAACAUGCUCCUCCUCCGUACGUUUCAUUCCCUACACACACACACAUACACAGAGCCUCACAGACUUCCCAUGCAGAAGUGAAAAGUGCUUGGGGGAUUUCUCUGACUGAUGCAUGCCUGGUUUCAUCAUGCAAACCUUCUUUGGGCUGCUCCGUCACAUGAAACUAUAAUUACACUAAUGUAAGCAUUGAUGCUUUUAUUAGCUUUAUAAUAACAGGCUGGUCCUGGGCUCGCUGAUGGAGAAGAAGCUCGCUCUAUGAUUCUUUCACUGUUCUGGAAGUAUACACUAGAGCUAGGGCACUACUGUACGGUGUCUGGAAACUCAAUACACUUCUGUCUUACAUUGUGUGUACUGUAUAUAUAAAAGGAUGAUGCUUCUGUUCACACCAUACAUAUACAUAUUAGAGACAUAGAUAGUUGAUGUCAUUCUGUAGAGCUGCUUGGAUGCCACAUUAUCUCUUUCUGUGCUUUAAAAUAAAUUGUUUUUAAAAAUCCCUGAAAAUCCAUGUAAUUUGAAUUGGGAUACAAUUAAAUUGUUAUUGUAAGUAUUUGCAAUUGCAUGUGUGGUGAACUCGAUUCACACCCUUUCAAUCAGCAAAGCUUUCGACCAAGACUUGCUUCUUUAUAAUUUGAUGUUUGAAUCAGCGAAUCUUUCAGCCAUGGUGGAGAUUCACUCCUCUCUUCUUCAGGAGUAAGUUGAGUCAGUGAGUCCACUGAGUCUUGUUCAGGUUCAUUCAGUCUGAGCUGGAGAUUUCAGGGCACACAAUAAAAAUAUGUGUUGGAGUCGGUUUGAAAAUGAUUCUUUUUCAAAAAGCAUAAAAAAACAAUAAAAAAUAGCUAUGAUUGUUAGCUAUUUAUUGUACAUUGCUUAAGCUGUUUGUUUGUUUGUUGUCUUAGAGAGCUACCUCCUCUGUUUCAAGUGGCUGUUUUAACUUUUCCAGCCUGGAUAUUAGCUCCGCCCUAGCUGAACAGAGCUUCUUAGCCCUGCCCCUUUUCUCUAAAAAGUAAUCCACAAGGCGUAGCUCUGAGGGGUGGGGUCGUUAGACAGAAGGAUAUGGCUUGUGAAUAUUUUUCACUGUCAUUGCAAUUCACCUAACAGGCAGCAGAGGGAUCCACAAAUUACAAACUGCUCUUUUAAAGAGAAAGACCUUUGGAGAGCACUUAGCUCUGGGGAGUGUUUGUUGCUGGAGUGGAGGUUUCAGUAGUGCACACUCUGUCAGUGACACUUGUCUCUACUGUGUAUAUCUAUAGUACACACUGGUGCUGGAGCGUGGAACAUGUGUUAAUUAUGAGUGCGUCGCUAAUGAGGGUCGCUGACUAAGCUAUAGAUUGUAGGCUGUGGAACUGACAACAGCAUUUCUUCCAUGUUGUGGGAAACAGCACUGUCUUACAGUUGUCUUACAUGUUGUAUUUCCUUGUCACUAGAGUGGUAUCUUCAGGUGUACACCUUUUAUACCUUUAGUGCCUAUGUUUUAAGUGGAAGGGUCAUGUAGUUAUUCUAAAAGCUAAUUAAAGUACAAGAGUGGUCCUUAAGGCCCAAUUAUGUACUUUAAAACAUUUUUAAAGGUACACUGCAUUCACAUUACCAUGUAAAAGAUACUCACUAAAGAUACAAAAGAUGUACCCUUGAGGGAACAAUCACAGUGACAAAAAAAGGUGGAGUUUAGUACUUCUUUUUUCGAAGAGUAAACCUUUGCCAGGCAGUAAAAGACAGCCAGCAUAAAGAACUGUGUGUGGCCGUGUACAUUGAGAAGUAUGUUGGCAUCAGUCUGUACCAAUGAAAAGCCUGUUUAGAAUUUUUUUCUUACCACUGCCCGUUGAUCAGUUUAUGCUUUAAUUUCAACAGGUAGCCUUUAGCUAUUUUGCCAUGUUCCAUAACUGUGGGAGUUCUGGUUGCUACUGUAAUUAGACAUGCGUCAGGGCUCUUAGUGCUGCUAAUGGCUUUACUGUCAAGACAUUUGUCUCCUACUGAUGUUUAUUGCAGUUGUGAUUCAAGAUUCAUUCUUUCACUUCAUCCAGGCAUCUCAGCUUGGUGUGAUACUCUCAUUGGCCCUUUUAGCAGUUACAGUGUGAUAUAUAUGGGUAGUUUGUAGGUAUACAGUUACUGUUUGUAGCCCUCUACCUCGAUCAUCAGUGUAAAGGGACCACCAUAGGACGAUGGCUGGGUGAUGCAUUCAGAAAAGUGUACAAAAGAUAUCUGAUGCUAGUGCUGUGAUCUCAUUCCAUUAAUGGACGGGGUAGAGAGGGAGAUGACAAAUUAACUGGCUACAGAAUGUAAUUUUACAUACACAAGGUGACCUAUAUAUCAGGUUUGCCAGAUGAAGUGGCCACUGGGUGAAUUGAUUCAUAAGGAAACCAGUAACGAUUCAACUGCCUGUAAGAUUAGCUUAAAAUACAACUGAGUGGCUGCUGCAGAGGUAGAGAUGAACAUUUGGGUGAUUUAUAUAUUAGCUGACCUUGCCACACCUUGCCUUCUGGUGAAUUGACUGCACUGAGAUAGAGGUACAUUUUCUCCUAGGCAUGUGUUUGUGCUUGAAUAUCUCCUAUUAUCAUUCUCUUGUUCUCAUCCCUGUCUGUAUCACCAAUAUCCUUUACUUUCUCAGCCUUAAAUUGUCUAUCUGUGAUUUCUCCUCCCUCUCUCCUCCUUCCUGCUUCUCGUGAGUGGAGUCUGGGCUUGGUGCCAGCUGGCGUGUUUUUUUUUUUUUUUUUUUUGAAUGAAUACCUGAUGGAGUCGGUGGAGGGCAGUGAGGCGAGGCAUGGGAGGAGCUGAUUGAGUGAGUGAGUUAGAGAGCGUGAGUAUAUGUGUUUGUGUGUGUGUGUGUGUGUGUGUGUGAGAGAGAGAGAAGGAGACAGAAAGAGAGAGAGAGAGAGAGAGAGAGAGAGAGAGAGAGGGGAGUUAGGCCCUUGCAUAACACACACUGGUGUGCUACAUGCAGGCGGGCAGCAGGGAGCCUGCUCAGGGCUGCCUGUGUGUGACACUCAGGGCCUGGAUGGCUGAGCAUAGCCCGUCUGUAGAACUGAACACACACACACGGGGAGAGGAGAACGAGGGAAGAAGUAGGCAGCCUAGGGCAGAAGAGUUACAGAAAGAAUUGUUUGCCUUUAUAGACAUUUUGAGAAAGGUGGAACAGGAGUCCUAAGGUUUCUGCUGCAGUCUUGGAGGCUUGCUUUCAGAGAGAAAUGAUUCCGCAUGAAUUGUGGCAAGUACUCUCUCACAGCAGGCAUGUGUUGUGUUGUUUUCAAUUGAGAUCAGCGUCCAUCCAGCCUUAAGCACAGGAAAAAGCUCCCGGUCUUCUCUCCACCCCCACUACCCCCACAGCACCAGCCAAUCAGCAGGUGGCACAAGCAGAGAAUAAGAGAGGAGUGCAGAGGGAUAGAGAGUUAAAGAAAGAUAUAACAGGGAGAAACCACCUUAAAAAGAGGUACAGCAGAUACUGUCAUCAUGAAGUCCAACCAAGAACGAAGCAAUGAGUGUUUGCCCCCAAAGAAACGUGAAAUUCCAGCAAGUACUCUUCCCUCAGAGGAUAGGCCCAUGGUAAUGGCGCCUGCCAGUGAGAGCCAGCGUGGAGGGAACCUUGCUUGGCUUGCCAGCAUGGCCAGCGGGCAUGAGAGCAACAAGCAGCACACCAGCAGCUCAGCAGAAGCUGAAGGUCCUCAGUUCAAACCAACAGUGUCCACUGUCGCGUCCACUCGUGCGCUAACUGCAACAUCUUCCAUCCCCGCUGUGUAUACUUCACCACUUUCUCAACAGGCGGGCACUAUACAGUACUCACCGAUGCCACCUAACCUGCACUUUAUCAACCCCUCACAUGCAGCACCCUAUGCUAGCUAUAUUUCUCCCCUUGUGCCCCCUGCAGCCACCAUCACCACGUCCUCCCAGCGACACACUGAAGCCUACUCUGGCACUACCAAUUCUCCAGCAUCCAAACCCGAUCCAGUAAUUUCCACUUCAGACAGCAUACCUCAAACCCAUUCCACCCAGUAUGUCCAAAUUUCCAGCUCCCAACUCAGUGUAGUGCCUUGUACUGCAUCCUCACCCCAAAGCCAUCUUCCCCUUCACCUACAACAAACACUCGCACUUAGUGGGCCCUCUCAGCUCCUGCUUCAGUACUCAGAUGGACCCAUGCCCAAAAAGGAAGAUGGCAGACCUAGAGAGAUGCUAAACGGUGAGCCGGAAAGGGGCCGUCGCUUCAACCAGCCCUCAGAAUCCAAGGUCAGCAGCAUAGCCAAAGGGUCUUUAUCCACCCAGCAUCACCACAUCCACCAGCGAGACCACUACGAGACCCGGCACAUGACACUUCCACCGGAGUAUGCACAGGAAAACACCAAUUUGAGGAACUCGUUAAUUCUAGUUCCCAACAGUCACAACUCCAGCAGUGUUGAUCCAGGAGGAAAUCUAGACAAGCUGCCUCCCCCUCUGGCCCCGGCUGAAAAAGGAGGCAUCUGCUCAGGCAAGCCAGUUUCCCGCACUCCCUCCAGCACCUCUGUUCCCUUUCCACCUCCCCCUUUACCUGUGGAUGGUUUAAAGGCAGCAGUUACCACACUAUCACCCCACGCAGUUAUCCAUACCACACAUGGUGCAGCCGAGCCACUGUCUCUUGGCCUCACGUCCACCAACUUCUACCCCGCUCAUCAGCCCAUUAUUGGAUACAUUGCAGGUGCAGGGCAGCCACAGUCUCUCAGUUACCACACCAGCCUGCCUCCACACCUGCUCAUCCCAGGAACUCAGCCUGUUAUUAUCCCUGUAAGUGGAGCAGAAGCUACUGCCACAUCUACAACACCAACUUUCGCUGCAGCACUGCCCCAUGCAUUUGUGACCUCAGCAGCCCCCAAAGGCGAGUCCUUUGAGACACCAGCCUCCUACCCCCACCCGACAGGUGCUGUGGUUCAGGCCCAACUGCACUUGCCUAUCCUGCCAGCCUCUGCUAGCCUGCCAGCUACUCCACCUAUACCUUCCACACCCUCUUUACCACCCUACUUCACCAAGGGUUCCAUCAUUCAACUAGCUGAUGGGGAGCUGAAGCGUGUGGAGGACCUAAAGACAGAGGACUUCAUUCAGAGUGCAGAAAUCAGCAGUGAAUUGAAGAUUGACUCUAGUACUGUGGAGCGCAUUGACAGCAGCCAUACACCUAACUCUGCUAUUAUCCAGUUUGCGGUGGGAGAGCAUCGUUCACAGGUGAAUGUGGAGGUGCUGGUGGAGUACCCUUUCUUUGUGUUUGGUCAGGGCUGGUCGUCUUGCUGUCCAGACCGGACCACUCAGCUGCUGGAACUUCCUUGUGCCAGGCUAGCUGUGGGCGAUGUCUGCAUUUCCCUCACUCUCAAGAACCUGAAAAAUGGCUCUUUGAAAAAGAGUCAGGGGCAGAUUUCAGAUGCUACCAGUCUUGGGCCACCUCUUAAACCACCUUUUAAAGCACCUUUAGGAGGGACACGCAGGGCAGCACGGCACAUGGAGCAGGAGAAUGGACUGGCACAAUGUGGCAGGCAGGGAGGAAUGAGCUCCCAGGCAAGCAAAGAAAACGGAGAACUAGGUUUUGGGGAGAAAGGAGCCUAUAGAAUUCCAGUAUCCUCAGAGUCGGAAUCUAUCACUAAACCUACAGGCCGAAAGCGGAGAUGGUCGGCCCCAGAAGGUCGCAAAGUCGAGAAGCCUGAAGAGGAACCACCUUCAACUCUUCCCAGGCCUUCAUUCAUCCCUCAGGAGGUUAAAAUCAGCAUUGAAGGCAGAUCGAAUAUUGGCAAAUGAAAGCCAUUUUGGACUUGUUUGUCGUUUUUGAAUUGAAUGAAAAAAUGACCCUCACAAUGUUCUUUUUUCCAGAAUAUUGCUUUUUAUAUCAUUUCAAAAUUGAUUUCUCUAAAUUUUUCUAUCCAGAUUACUGUACUGUAGGCUAAAUUAACUCAACAUAUACGUAUCACCUUAUGAGUAGUGAUAAUAUUUGAAUAGGUGCAUUGAAUAUAUACAACCGAUUAGUGCAAUUUAUUUUGGUUGGGUAAAUUUGGGACAGUGAAGUUGUUGAAGGUGGGUUUAUGUAGGACUUCUGAGCCCAGAGGGGUGCAAAAUAUCUGAUAUUCUCAGCCUUACAUCUUUACGUCCUAUUAUGACAUAUAAGGUGAUUUAAAGUCACCCUAAACUUUAAAAAAUUUAAUAAUUUAAAAAACAGUUUCAGUACACAGACUGGUGGUUUUGCUGCCUUUUUUGAAAACAAGGGUAAACCUGAGGUGGCAGGCUAGUUUGCUUGGAUCAUGAAAUAUAAGAGCCAAUCAUGUUCUAAUAUGCAAAUGAAGCCCAUGCCACACUUGUUUACCAGGGGAAGUGGAUGGAUAUCUGUAUGGUUAUAGUAUCUCCAAUUUGCAUAUUCACAGAAUCUGGAUAUUUUGACGAGGGUUCUUCAAAGCAAGUUUUGGGUGACUUUAAAUGAUGCCUACUGAAGCAGCACUAGAUGCUUGUGGUGCAUUAGUCCCAGCUCCAUCCAUGUGUGAGCUUAAAAAAGAAGGUCGGCAUGGAUGACAUUGCUCAGGGAGGCAGGACGGAAAUCACUCCUCCACUGGCUGCAGGAGUUUACAUAGUGUCAGCCAUCCUGCUCAAGCAGUCUCAUCUGAUGUUUAGACAUAGACGACAGACAAUCUCCAUCACAAAUAUUGAGGGUUUAAGUCCUGGUGGUUCAUCACAGAUUGUAUUAUCUUUUCUGAGGAAAAGAAGAGCAACAAAAUGCUAAGGUACAUGCCAAUUGAGAGAGAGAGAUCAAGAAAUGUCAUCAAGCAGUGCCAGUUGCUCCUUAGGAAUGAGAAAACUAUACUAAUAGACCCAGAGAUAGAGGAGUUUGCUUUUAUAUACUCACCUAUUGAACCUUUUUUUGUUGUUUGUUUUGUUUUGUAGUUUUGCUUUUUUUUUCUGUCUUUUUUUUUUAAAUUUGCGAUGAAUGUGUAUACAUUGCAAUCAGGGGUCACUUUCAGUCAUGUAGACACCGAAUGGGUUUUUGUUUAUGUAUACGUUUGAGGAUGGUUGACUUUUGAGCUAUAUGUUGAGCAAAAAAGACAUUUGCUUAAUAUUUUUAUUUUAAUAAGAGCUUAUUAUUUGAGAGAAAGUGAAAGAAAGUCGCCUGAGAAGGGAGGGACAGGUGAUCAAAGCACUUAACGCACCUGUCACACUCACCAGCUGAUAGAUAGUUUAAUAAAUUUAUUAUUAUUAUUAUUAUUAUUAUUAUUAUUAUUAUUAUUAUUAUUGUUAUUAUUAUUGUUAUUAUUAUUAUUAUACGUCUCAAAAUGAACACAGUACUGUACAGUAUGUUGUAUGUGAGUGAUGGUGGAAUGUAGCGCUCUGUGGAAAAGUCAGUUCACCCCGAUCCGGGGACCUUGAUCUGUGAAAAGAAAGAAUGAAUGUGAGAGGUGACAUGAGGUGGAACAGUAAGCAGAGAUACAGGAGAUAACAUUUGUUCCCAGGAAGCACUUUUCUGUUUAGGUCUUUACAGCUCUGCCUCCUCAGUAAACGGCAAGCUAAAGGCCUAGACAGCAACAGCCGCUCUUUUAAUUGUAGCGUAGGCAGAGCUGGUGAAACAACUGCCAUUUUAGUGAUUAAAAGUGAGAUGCUUGAGUGUGAUUUCAGAAAGGUUUCAGAAGUCAUGAGAUUGUCCAAAUUAUGCCAUGAGGAGAGAGAAAGCGCAUGUGAGUGACUCUGGAUGCAGAAAUCUUCGUUGGGGUUCAAGGGUGUCCUAUACAUAUGUUUGUGGAAGUGUAUGCAUGUAUGGAUUUGUAUGCAUUAGUGUGCACACACACAAACACACAUUCACUUUUCACUUAUAUUAAUGUGUUAUAUGUCUUUUUGUACAUUAACAUGUAUAGAACUGCAUAUACUGUAUCUUGCCUUAGUGCAAGCACAUAGUGUGUGUGUGGGUAUGUGUGCAUACUGUGUGUGUGACUGUCUGUGUCAUAUAUUUGUAUGACUGUUCUGUAUGUGUGUAUAUAUAUAUAUAUAUAUAUAUACAUAUAUAUACAUAUAUAUAUAUAUAUAUAUAUAUAUAUAUAUAUAUAUAUAUAUAUAUAUAUAUAUAUAUAUAUACACACACACGACAUAUAUUAUAUAUAUUUAGGUAUUCGUCCAGUGUUUCUGUUUAAAGUUCAACUUAAAGAGAAUUUUGCAGUUUGCACAUCUGGAGAGGUAGUAACACGACCUUUAUGAUUUAGUUUUCAGCCAGUUCUCACCUGCGAGGGCUGAAAGCUCAAUUUACUGAAAUGUAGCAGUUACUUGACAAGUUCACUUGGCUUACUGGUCCGCUGUGGCUUCCCUUCAUGCCUUCACUUAUUUAACCCACAGGCACCCUUUUCAGACCCUUAAGAAGAUGUUCUGAUACACACUUUAACAUGCAUACAAUGAGGGGAGGAAGGAGCCACACAGCCUGAAGCCUGCAUACUUGUUGAACUCUCUGAUUGUUGGCUUUGUUCAGGUGUUUGAGUGAGAUGGAUGGAUGCAUAGACAGAUGGGUGAAUAGUUAAAGAGAUGGAUGUGUGAUCAGAUGGCCUGUUGGAUGGUGGUGGGUGGGUGAACACACCCCAUAUUUAAAAAUGCUUUAUUUUUUUAUAAUAAAACAGGGUUUCUCAGAUCAACAUCACAA